UCCAUGUUACCCCACCAGAGUGCUGUUUCACCACCGUUGAUGAACCUCUGUUGACAUGCUCCCAUCACCUGGAGUGCACAGUUUCCAUGAGGGCUCACUCUUGGCGUGGUGCGUUCAUGAGUUGGGCAAACGUACUGUCGCAUCACGCGGAGUAGUGCCACUGCCUUAAUCCUCUGUGCCCUGCCCAUCCAUCCAUCUCCCUAAUUCCUGGUCACUGCUGCUGUUUUCAGUGUUUCCAGAGUUUCACGCGUUCUGGAACGUCCUGUCGUUGACUCAUGCAUCUGUAGCCUCUUCACAUUUGCAUCCUGCACUUACUGCCCUGUCCCCAGCGCCCCUUAUGAUGGGGUGCAGCCAAGGGUGCUGCUCAGCGUCUGGACAGCCCCCACCACAGAGAACGAUGAGGCUGAGAAAGCUCCCACGCUGGGGCUCUCCUGUGGCGAGUCUCCUGGUGGUCUUCAUGCUCCGGGAGCACUCGGAGGAGAUGUCUGGCUUCCUCCUGGAGUGUGACAGCUCCGUGCAGGGCGCGCUGCAGAAGCACCUGGCGCUGUACAGGAUCCGACGGAAGGUCACGGUGGAGCCGCACCCGAACCUACAAGUGUGGGCGGUGUUACCCGGUUCCCCUGAGGCCUGCGGGGCCGCACCGCUGCAGGAGAGGGCGGGGGCCGACGCCAUCCUCAUCCGCGACCCGCGAACGCCACGCAUGGGGUGGCGGCUCCUCACCCAGAAUGAAGGCCCAGCCCUGGUUCCCGGGAGCCGGCUCGGGGACCUGUGGGAUUAUCACCAGCACCGGUACCUGCAAGGGGUUCCUGAGGGUGUCCGAGACUUGCCUCCAGGGGUGGCCCUGCCUCUGGAGUCCAACCUGGCCUUCAUGAACGGCGUGAGUUUCACCAAAGGCUGCUACAUCGGCCAGGAGCUGACUGCCCGCACCCACCACAUGGGCGUCAUCCGCAAGCGCCUCUUCCCUGUCCGGCUCUUGGACCCCCCUCCCACCCGUGGUAUCGCCCCAGGCGCGGCAGUGCUAACUGAGUCAGGACAGGCUGUGGGCAAGUACAGGGCCGGCCAGGGCAACGUGGGGCUGGCCCUGCUGCGCUCAGAGAAGAUCAAGGGUCCUCUGCACAUCAGAACCUCCAAGGGCGCUCAGGUGGCCUUAGCUGCAUCUGUGCCAGACUGGUGGCCCACGGUCUCCAAGUAGCCCGAAGCCUUGGCUGGCACCGGCUGAUGGGGAGGCUGGGGGCUGGGGGCUGGGGCCUGGGGCUUCUGUCUGGGGUCUUCCCGUCCCAUCUGUCUGCUGUGCCUGCUGGGUGGGAUUCUGCUUCCCACCUGGGAACGUCCCCUUUGGCGGCGCCAUGCCUGGCCCAGCCCAUGCUCAGGGGCCCCAGCUCAUGGGUUGUUUUCUCCCCGAACAUCCUGUAGCCCCAGAGGGGAGAAGUGGCCUGAGAAGCCCACCAUGUGGGUGCUAAGCCCCAGGAGGCGCUGGGUGCCAGUCUCGGCUCCACACAGGGUUGUCCGAGAGGAUGCGGUGGUGUCUCUGGCCAGCCCUGGCGGCCUCUGGGCCUUGCGUCCCACUCUGCCCAGCGUGAGCCUCGGGGGUUGGUUUCUGUGCCUGGAAGCUGGGUGCUGUCCAGGGUCUGUGCACUGGGGCUGGGGCUUUGGAGUUGCCUGCUUGCUUGCAGGGUGCCUCAGGGUGGGUUGUGUGUGGUCCAGAGGGGUCUGGGGCAUUGGAUCAGGUGGCAUAUAGGCAUCUGCACAUGGAGGAGCACGUGCUGCACACCUGAGCCAGGUGCGCCUCUGUACCGGGGCACCAGGGCUGAGCCUUCAGGUAUCCCAUGCGGAAGGCUGUGCCCACUGCCCCUGUUUCUCCACCUCCACCCCUCCUCAGAGCCCUCCAGGAGCGUGGGUGGGGCUGGCACAGGGCUCAGGAGCCAGCAGGGUGAAGUUAGCAUGACCGGUGUGUGCUGGGUUUCUGCAUAGCCUGUGUUUGCAGUGAGAGUGACUAGCUGUCAGCCACGGGGCAUGGCCUCCGCUUCACCCACUGGGUUCCCUCUUCCCAUUGAAGUGCGAGCUCCAUGUUUCCAGGCAUCUAUUAAAGAGUGAGCCACGGGCAGCCUG